GGAAAUUUACUGCCCUAUAACUCUUUCUCAGAUCAUUUUAUUGUAUCUAGAUAGGAAAUAUGAUAUUUUAGGCUUUUUCCAAACCCUUAAGUGACUUUAUUAGCCCCGCCCUCCCCUACGUCAUUCUUUUAUGCUUUAGCAUUCCGUUCUAAUAUUCAUUGAUACUCAUUAAAUGGGAGACAGUAAUUUUAUUUCAAAUCCUUUUAAAACUUAAUUUACAUUAGGUAUGUACUGAAAGUUGUUUUAAGUGUGUAAAAGACCCGUUUUAGAAUUUACACGGUGUAAAUAAAUUGAGCAAUUUGUGACAGAAAUUAUUGCACUGCAUGUUCGCGAAGAAAGGUCCACAACAUUUUGAAUUAGAUGCACUAAAACGCACCUUAGCAUAGCGUGGAAGUUAGCAUACAUCAUCAUAUGGUAAAGAGGAGAGAGCUUUGACGCUAUAUGCGCGCAAAUGUCGCUUUAUCUGUUUGAAAAGGUGUUUAUUUGUCGGAGAGUUCGUAUGUGAGUAGCAUAGAGGAGCAUAAGUACCACCCAGCGUGUGGCUGAUGCUCUCCUUUUGUUAGCAUCUGAACCAGCUGAACGUAUCGCAGCUCAAGUCGUGUGGAUAAAAUUCAUGUGGUGUGCCAAAGAAGAGUGUGUGGUGGCAGCCGCAAGUGGAUGUCUGCUGAUAAUAUUGGGACUUUUGCUGACAGUGGUGUCUGCCAAGAAUCAACAAACCUAUAAUGUUUAGAGAUGGAAGAUUAAAUGCUAAAUAUCCCGUGAUAUGGUAUAUGUUAUAUGAAGAAGAAAAAAUUCAAUGGACGCUCGUUCUCCCGCCAUAACGUCAUUCAUUACAAUAUGACUUCCAUGAACCCAUAGAGAUCAUUCCCCAAGUUUGUUGGGAGACUUGUGAGGCACUCUGUGGUGGCAGCGCGCAUGAAGUUGUGUGUCUGUAGUUAAAGCUCUGUUUCUCUUCCUCUACACCACACACUACAGUAUACCCCGUAGUUACUUCGGCUAAAAGUGUUUUACAAAUCGUGCGAGAGAGUCAGUUCAGUUGGAAUCGGUACCUGGCGCGGUUGAGUUGUGUAACAUUUGGCGAUAAUUGAAUAUAUUCACUUUUUUCCUCCCUCUUCAAAUUAUAAGGAGAAUCUUCUCGAACACAAAGCUCGAGAUAAAUUUAUCAAAAUUCAAAUAAAUUCAAGACGGUAGAAAAAUUUAUAAAUAAAUUCAUUAUUUGAAUUCAUUGGCGAGGGUGUUGUGUGUGAGUUGGCGCAGAGAUACCGAGAGAAUUUUUUUUUUAAAUAGAAAUAAAAUUCUGCCCGAAGCAGAGAACAAAAAGGAAAAGAAAGUUUGAGAGUUCAAAAGUUGAGAGAACACCCAAAUAUAUACCAGCAACAAGAGUUUCUUGCUUUUUGGGAGGCCCACACACAUCAGAAAUAAAUCUUGAUAGUCUCUCUCGGCAGUGCUAAAGACGAAAGUGUGACUAUAUAAAAUGCCACAGUGAAGUGACAAUUAAAAAGGGCUGUGCCCCUUUACUUUGUACCUUUUUUGGGAGAUUUUACGACUAAAAUGUAAAUUGUGUGCACGACCCAAAUUUUUACUGCUUUUGGAAAAUAAGAAGAAUACGAGUUCUCCAAUAAAGAAACAUUCCACGUAGUUUAAUAAAUACGACAAAUUGCAUCUUCAAAAGGGCACUCCUGCGCUUUUCUUUCUUCAUAUUUGACCACAACCAAUUGACAAGGAAUUAUACAUAUUAUUAUACAUAUUGAAUUGAAAGUGCAAGAUUAAUUGGAUUUGAUACCUGCUGCAUGCACAUUGGCACGUGAAAUCAAUAUAACAGACGCUCUGCGGGAAAUUCUACUUCCAAUCUAACAGUGGUUUGAGUGAAAUUUAAGUGAGGAAGGUCUGCAAAAAUAAAAAAAUAAUAAAAAUGGUUGACUACUACAAAAUUCUUGAAAUUAAUCGGGGGGCAACGGAUGCAGAAAUUAAAAAAGCAUACAGAAAAUUAGCACUCAAAUGGCAUCCAGACAAAAAUCCCAACAAUCAAGAUGAGGCAAAUAAAAGAUUCAAAGAGAUCUCCGAGGCUUAUGAAGUGCUAUCAGAUGAGAGAAAGAGACGUGUGUACGAUCAAUACGGCAAAGAAGGACUUAUGGGACACAAUGAACGUCACCACCGAUCACGACGACACGAUCCUGAAGAUUAUGACUUUAUGGGUAACUUUGGAUUCACAUUUAGAGAUCCCGAAGAAGUGUUCCGAGAAUUCUUUGGCAAUUCACCAUUUGCUGAAAUAUUUGGUGCUAUGCCGUAUGGCGCCACAAAUGGACGUCGUUCCCACAGACAUUCUCACCCACAGAAUACAAUCUCCUCCCAAUUCAUGAGUCCCUUCAUGGGGAUCUCACUGAUGGAUGAUUUCUUCACAAUGGACGGUGGUGGUGGCAUGAACGGUGCCUUCACGUCCUUCUCCUCCUUCAAUACUGCCGGUGGGGGUGGUGGUGGUGCCGUUAAACGUACCUCCACCUCAACCACAUUUGUCAAUGGAAAGAAACUUAUGACAAAAAGGAUAUACGAGAAUGGAAAGGAAACUGUAAUGUCGUACGAGAACGACGUCCUGAAAUCAAAGACUGUCAAUGGUGUGGCCCAAGCACUUUCCUACAAUUAAAUUUCAUUCAAAUUAUAUUAAAAAAUUAAAGAAAAAAAACAUGCAGGCGACAAUGAGGAACAAUGUAGAAAUUUCUAAUCUUCAAAUUUUGAGAAUUUGCUGCGAAGAAUAACCCAAGAUAUAGAUUAAUCUUCACAACUACCUAUAUUAUACAUGUAUGAUUAAAUUUCAUAAUUUUUCUUUUCUCAAUUUAUUUCAAUGAGAGAAGUAAUAUUAUAUAUCCUCAUAUAAAAAAAAAUAAUUUCUGACGCCAGAGUUUAGCAAAAAAAAAAAAUACAAUUAAACUCUGAAUGUAGAAAAAUGAUCUUCUCUAAAAAAAAGAGUGUGUAGAAAAUAAAUAUUAUAUACCUAUAUAUAUGAUUUGAUUCACGAUAUAUAAUAAAUUAUAAAAAAAAUAUAUUAAAUGAAAAUUAAAAACAAUUUAUCAUUAAAUUUCUAUAAUGGUCUCAAAACCAAGUUUUAUCGUAAAUAUAUUGAAAGAAAAAAUAAAAUAUUGUGUAUGUUGCUGUAUGUAAAAGCGAAUGAUGAAAAAAAAAAGAAGAAAAAGAGUUAGGUUACUCUAUAAUGGACUAAAUUAACGUGAUUGGUAGAUGAAGAGAGGGAGAGAGAAAGAAAAUUAGUAAUGAUGGUGUAAAUCCAGUGCAAAUUGAAAUGGAAUUUGCAGAACAAAUUGAUUCAUCUUAUAGCUCAUGAAACUCAUGAAUAAAUCAAAUGGUUAAUGUAGAGGUGUUGCUUUAGUUAAGGAGCAUCAUUACUUCAUUUCUAUGGGACAUACAGCUUCCCUCCUUUUUACCAUGUAAUUUAUUUUUAUUGUGUAUUAUCUGAUUAUAAAGAAAAUAGCAGAACUCGUG